AUGGAACUCUUCCUGAUUCUCGUCUGUCUGAUUGCGCCGCCCACCCUCUCGCUCUCGAUCAAGAGCAAGCUCAAUCCACGGAUCGUUCAGACACGGUACGGCGAGGUGCAGGGAGUCGUACGCUCCUUCGAGAACGCCAAGUUCCUCAAGCCAAUCGACGUCUACCUUGGGAUACCGUACGCCACCCCACCGAUCGGGGGCAACAGAUUUUCGCCGACCAAGGCACCUAGCCCGUGGGAAGGAGUCAGAUUAUCGGAUUCGAUCAGUCCCGUCUGUCCUCAAAAGCUGCCGGACAUCUCAAAUGAGCAAGAAGCGUUGGAGCGUAUGCCGAAAGGACGAUUGGAGUACUUGAAGAGGUUGCUACCUCACCUGCGGAAUCAAAGCGAGGAUUGUCUCUACCUGAACAUUUACGCACCGGCGAUGGGUGAGCAGGCUAGGCGCGUGUCGAGCGCAACUUUGCUACCUCAUUCUCGGGUCGGCUUUUCACCGAUUCCGCUUCUUCAAGAAGCGAAAUCUCGUUUGAAAGAGAUACGGCCGGCAGCUCUGGCAAAUUAG